AUGGCAUCCCCUCGGAGCAGCAUCUCACCUGCUCUCGACGGUAUCUGUCGCACUUUUCCCAUCUCCAGGUUCGGGUCCAGCCGCAGACGUGGCAUAGUCGAAUGUGUCUGCGACACAUUUUUAGACGUGGGGGUCACUAAGACGCAGAUGUCCGGCUAUUACAUGACUUUCCAGCACUGA